AAACGAGCGGUACCAAGCUACAAACAGCGUUAGUUCGCCAAACGGGCGCACUGACAUAUCGUACUCCUGGAAAAACGCAAAGUGUCUCGACUGCAUAUAUUUGAUAGCAAACGACAACUGAAUUAUAAAAACGUUGCGUGACACUAAAAAAAUAUGAAUACUUAUCUUAGGACUAUGUCGUGUCAAAUUUAACUGUUAAGACGAGUUUAUUCGGCAGUUUUCAAGGCAAAGUUUCAAAGUAGACACCAUGAAUGCUGUUGAACUGGCGUGUUUAGAACCUCACAUAAGCUUAAAACCUCCCGUGUAUGGAGUAGCUGGAGGUGACGGUAGAAAGGAAUUGGCAAAGACGUUUGUUUGCUCGCAGAAAAAAUUAAACGAAUGGGACUCUUCCUACAAGUUGUACGAAACUUACAACUGUGGACGAAACAGCUGCCUCAAAUCAGACCUUACUACGCAAUGAAGUGCAAUCCGUCACAACCAGUGGUACAACUGCUAGCGUCGUUGGGCGUGGGCUUCGACUGUGCAAGCAAGUUUGAAAUUGAAAGUGCGUUAAAGUGCGGAGUAAAACCGGAUGACAUUCUCUUUGCCGUACCCUGCAAGAUGUCUUCCCAUAUUGAGUACGCUUGUCGAACCGGUGUUCGGGAUGACUUUUGACAACGUUGAUGAGCUGCACAAAAUAAAACGAAUUCAUCCAACUGGAAAGUUACUCUUACGUUUGAAUGUGACGGAUUUUGAAAAGGGAGUCAAAUUCGGUGACAAAUUCGGGGCAUCAAUGUCAGAAGCCAGGAAGCUGACAUUACUAUGCAAAGAGCUGAACCUAAACUUGGUUGGGAUUUGGUAUGGUGUUCGGUUUGGUUUGGUAUAGCAGGUUUUCACCCUGGAAGUGGAAGCGAUUCUUCCGAAGCGACCAGAAACUGCUUACAUCGGUGUAAAGAACUUUACGAUUUUGCAACUUCAAAUGAAAUACAUUUAAAAAUCAUCGACAUCGGCGGUGGAUUCGUUUGUGGCGAGAAUUUUAUCGAGAUUAGUGAACAAGUCACUGCUACUGUUGGCAAGCUUUUUCCGCCUGAAACUGGCGUGACAGUGAUUGCUGAACCAGGUAGAUUCUUCGUGAAAAAUGCAUUCGGCUUCGUAACACCUGUGCAUGGUAAAGCGAUCGUUGGUGACAGGGCGAAGUAUUACAUCGGCGCUGGUGUUUUCUCAACAUUCUGUAUGACGCUUUUCGAAAAGUUUGAAAGAAUUCCCGAAAACUUGUCUCGCAAAGCAGAAAAGUGUGACUUAUACUCCAGUACUGUAUACGGUCCCACAUGUGCAGGGGUUGACGUCGUAUUGAACAACAUUCUGCUGCCUGAAGCUCAGAUUGGUGACUGGUGGUUCUUUGACAACAUGGGAGCUUAUUCUUCGUUAGUUAGCCUUGGCUUUAAUGGCUACAUGGUUUUAAAGACUGGAUUCUACAUCUCACAAGAUAUAUGGAAUGAAAUCUCUGAAAAAUUAGACCCUGAUUGUCCAUUAUUUGAGCAGUAUCGUCAACCUCAGAAACUGGACCGUUGAUAACUGCUGGUGUAGUUGUUUAUCGUCUCUAUAUUUGGAUAUAUUUGUAUAUAUAAAUCGCAUUUAAAAUACAACACGAAUCGAGAACCAA